AUGCGUGGCUUUUUCAGCUAUUGCAGUGCUGUGGAAGUGGCUGGUGGAAGACAAAUGGAUGGAAUUUGGCACCCAAACCUAGAUAAUGCUGCCAUCAUGGUUGCCUAUUGUUGGGAGGUGCUCCAAGGUUCUUUUCUGGUUCUGGAUGAUCUCGUGGAUCAGGGUCAAAGUCGGCGGAAACAACCAUGUUGGUACUGUUUGCCAGAAGUUGGUACACGAGCUAUUUGGGACUCUGACAUCAUGUAUACUGCGAUAUAUCAUCAUCUGAAGCGGAUCCUGCCAUGGUACAAAUUUCAAGAGGUGUAUGACUUGCUGCAGUUGGCACAUGUCAAGACAUUUGCUGGAGGUUGGAUGGACACUUUAGGUGAACAGGACGCCAUCAAGAAUGUUGGAGUGCAAAGAAAAAUUGCAAUACUCAAGUCGGCUUACUAUACCAUUAUUUUGCCUGUGGUGUCAGGUGCAAUGAUUGCAGGUGCCAGCAAGGUUAAGGUGAGUGAAUACAUCAGACAAUGUUGUAUAGACAUGGGACAACUCUUCCAAGAUCAAGAUGACUAUUUGGACUGUUAUGCCUCAAAGGAGAAGAUGGGCAAAGAAGGAUUGGACUUGGAGACUGGAAAAUGCACAAUUCUCAUAUGGUUGGCGCUCAAAAAUGGCUCUUUUGACCAGGUAGCCUCAUUGAAGAAGCAUUAUGGGAAGGCAAACCCAGGAAGUGUGGAAAUUGUGCGCAAAAUUUAUGAUGACCUAGGAAUCAAGCAGUACCUCGAAGAUCACAUAGAAAAUGGGUAUAAGCAGUGUGUGAAAAAACUGAAACCAACAGCUGACAACGACCUACAAGCUGUUGCUGCUGUGUUGGCCAAAUAUUCAGCAGUUAUGCUGAAGCAUUACACAUCCAAAAAACCUUGA